AUGAAAGCUGCACAAGAUAGGCAAAAAAGUUACUAUGAUAAGAUGAGGAAGCCUUUAGAGUUCCAGGUGGGUGACCAUUUGUUUCUGAAGGUCUCACUUGUGACCGGAGUUGGGAGAGCUCUGAAAUCUCAGAAGCUAUCUCCUAAAUUUGUUAGGCCAUUCGAAGUGUUGAGCAGAAUUGGUCCUGUAAUGUACCGAAUAGCGUUGCCUCCGAAUCUCUCAAAUUUACAUCCAGUGUUUCAUGUGUCACAACUCAGGCAGUAUAUGCCAGAUCCUUCCCAUGUGAUUGAUCUUGAGCCGGUUCAAGUGAAAGAAGACUUGUCGUAUGACGUGUAUCCGGUAAGGAUAGCAGACCACCGCAUCAAACAACUGAAGGGUAAAAAGAUUUCAUUGGUGAAGGUUAUAUGA